AUGCCGCCUCUCCGCAAACGGGAGGCCGCAAGCAAGAGCGCCAGUGGUGGUGAAAUGAUUGAAGUUCGAGACCUCUCGCCUGCACCUAUACAGCCACCACAGCAUGCAUACGCACCUGUAGGCUCGCCGGACGAUUCCUACCGUCCGCAGACAAUGGAAUCGGCCUACUCGGACUACAGACCACCCGUCAGAGCCAGGGAACACAACAAUUUAUCCAGAUCCGAUCUUGCGGACGGAAAGCAAGACAUUUACUACGAAGAUCGAUAUUCUUCAUCGACACUCGCUCUCGAUAGCCCAUAUAAUCACAACGGCAAUAUGCCUUCGGGCUACGCGCCCAAGUUUGCCCCCCGAGCCAGCUCGCGAGCUGCAUCUUACACAGACUCGCCCGCAGGCACCAGAAGCUCGUCACCAUACCCAGGAGCAUCCCCAUAUCGAAGUACAGAUACUCUCAGCCGCCCUCUCGUCCCCGAUCACAAUGCAUCGACCUUCCUGGCGAAGGACUGGGUCAAGGAAGGCUCAAUAGCAAAAUUGCACCAUCGAGACGACCGAGAGUUCUUGUCUGGAUGGAGGAGAAAACUGUACUACAUGAUACCAUUUUUCGCUGUUAUAUCACUACUGUUGUUCUGGACCUACUUCGGUCUUCGAGUCGCCUUCAUCAUCGAUGCACAGAAGACCUUCGGUCAAGCGUUCCCGCUCGCUUGGACCUUUGUCACGAUCGAGGUCAUUUGCUCCAUCCCAACGUUUACUCAGACCUUCUGGGCACUCUUCACGGUCAAGAAGCGCAACAGGCCCAAGCUCCGUCUCAUCGGGAACGACACACCAUACGUCGAUGUCUUCAUAACUUGCUGCGGAGAAGACGACGAUCUCGUCAUGGACACCGUUCGUGCCUCUGCUGACCUCGAUUGGCCACGCGACAGGUUUCGGGUGAUUGUCCUCGACGACGGCAAAAGUGCCUCGCUCGAGCGUGCUGUCGAGGACCUCAAGGACACCUACUACAAUGUUUUCUACCGAUCUCGACCCAAAUUUCCAGGCGUUCCGCAUCAUUUCAAAGCCGGCAACCUGAACUACGGUCUGGAUGAGGUGCACAAUAUGCCAGGUGGCGCUUUCGAGUUCAUGGCUGCCCUCGAUGCUGACAUGAUUCCCGAACAGCACUGGCUGCGUGCGAUCGUGCCUCACAUGGUACUCGAUUCCAAGCUGGCACUCGCCUGUCCACCUCAGUUGUUCUACAAUGUCCCCAAAGACGACCCUCUUUGCCAGACGCUCGACUUCUUCGUCCACGGUCUCGAGCCCAUCAAGGACGCCCUCGGGGUCGCCUGGUGCACUGGGUCCGGCUAUGUUGUCCGCCGCGAAGCUCUGGACGAUAUCGGGAACAUCCCUCUCGGAUCUCUGGCCGAAGAUGUGGCUACAUCGACGCUUAUGCUCGGCAAGGGCUGGCGAACAGCUUUCAUUCACGAGUCGCUGCAAUUCGGCACUGUUCCGGAGGACUAUGCUUCUCACCUGAAGCAGCGGACUCGGUGGUGUAUCGGUACAAUCGACACUGCUAUCAAGCUCAAGUUUUGCUUGUGGGGUGAUGCUGUCCGUCAGAUGACCUUCUUCCAGAAGCUGUCGUCUUUCAUCUUCGCAUUCUUGAGCUUGUUCAACAUCUUUCAGUGCAUUUCCUACUUGGCUAUGCCAAUUGUUCUUAUUAUGAACAAGCCACUGGUCGCAUUUUCGAACGAGGAGCAAUUACGUUGGUUGAUCAGAGCUUGCUUUGCAUCCAUAAUUACCGCACGCAUAACGGAAAUGGUCCUUUAUCUGCCAUCAGGCUAUUCCACCGGUCAAAGAGGUGCACGUAUGGCAAUCUGGAUGGCUCCUUACUUGGCACUGACGACACUGCGUACGUUCGUACUCCCAAAGUGGCUUGGAGGUGCUGCGCAAGCAUUCAAGCCGACCGGGUCUCUACAGUCUGCUCUUAACGAACGAGACAAGAAAACCAGAGCUCCACUCUACCGACGCCUUUGGACGACCCUGUUCAACUACAUGGCUUGGUAUCACGUCGUGAUGGUAUAUCUAAUCCUUACCGCGGUGGCUCUCUCAUCGUACAGGUGUUUUCUCGAGAAUGAGUCGGCCAAGAACAAGAUCAUGUGUCUUCUCACACACGCUUUCUGGCCACCUCUUGCGUGGAUCCUGGUCUGCAGUUCAUUCUGGAUUCCGAUCACCUACGCAUGUGAUCCUCCAGACAUGCCCGAUCGUGAGGACCUUCUCACGAGGGAUCCUAAGACGGGAAUCGCCCACCCAACUACGUACAACAAAAAGAUGGCUGUGGCACCCCAGACGGCGUGGUUUGAGUUUGAGAACACAUUCAUGACGUUGUACACGACCGGCAUAUUCGUUUUGUCAUUCUUCUUUUAA